ACGUAAUGUAGGUAGCUAAUAAGCUAAUCUGUGGCUGCUGUGAGUGAGUGAAAAUACAUCGGUUAAGGUUUACAAUUCAACGAGAUAACUGUUCAGAGUCCUGAAUGCUUGGUCAGUUGACGAUCAAUUUGCAUUGUGUAUGCAAUAUUAAACAAGCGAUAACUGUAAUUCAGUGAAACAGAAUGACUGAAAAAAAAAAUUCACUAGAUCCAGCAUUGCGCUGUAGAAUUCUACGAUACCUGUAUACUGGAAAUGAGGUUCCCAAGUACUACCCUGGUUGCUGGGAAGCCCAUAAUUAUUUUAAAAUCGAUAAACUAACUGCACUUAAUGAAGCAUUGACAAAUGAUCCAAACAAUACUGAAGUCAUAAACCUUAUUGUAAAGGUUGCUAAAGAUGGCAUGUACACUCGUUUUGAACCAAUUGCAUUUGCUUUGGCCAAAUGUCUCCUAUUGGGAACUCCAACAAUAAAGGAGGCUACAUACAAUGCUGCUGCAGAAAUAUGUGUUACCUCAGAACAGAUGUUGUUAUUCCAAAAAUUCAGCAGGCUAUUUAAAACAGGUAAUGGCCGUGGAUGGUGUAAGAAUGUAAUCCAAUGGUACACAAAUAAAAAACCAAUGGAUCUCAUUAAAGAAAUUACUAGAGUCAGAGGUCGCUAUGGACGUACUCAUAAGACAUUGCUGCGUAAAUCACACAUCAAAGUUCCGGAAAAUGACUUUUUGCGUGACGCCAUUGUGAAGUAUGCUAUAUUUGGUCUGAAACGUGCCAAGCAAUUGAUGGGCGACAAGCCAGGGACCAGUGAAAUAUUUGAAUACAUUCAAAAAGUAGAAGACCUACGCCACUGUGAAGAUCCUCCAGCCGCUGCAGAGAUGAUUGUGAGGAAUAAAUUCGUCCUUGACCAUAUUCCUGGACAUUUGCUGACAACUCAAGAGGUAUGGGAAGCUCUUUUACCUCACUUCACUCUACCGCAACUACUGCACCACCUCCAGCGUAUGCACAAUAUGGCCUUCUUGAGCGGAACAUCUACUUUGAUUCCAAAAUUGUUGACCCUACUGAACAACCAGGAUUACAUUCAGAGUUCUGAUGUUACUCCGCUGCAUGUGUACAUCGCGAAAUGUGACUACAGACUAAAAACUAGACCAAUGAGACACGAAAAAGCAAAAGUAGCCGCUGAAAAAGAGCAACGCCGUCGCAGUCGGCAAAUAUAUGACAGCAAAACUGGACUGUGGGAGUGGACAACAACUCGAAGACAUCCCAAAGAACUAAAAAAUUGGGGCAUUGACAAGCCACCCAAUCCGCUCGUGCUUGCAUCGUUGAGUAAGCUUGUUGACCAAACCUGGUGUUUAACUCCACCUACAAAAAAGCGUUACUUGAUCACUAUGGAUAUGAGACACCAUAUGUUUAAAGGUCGUCAUUUCUGCAAGAGUUACACAGUGCCAAAGAAGGGUAAAUUGGCAGCUAAUAAAGCCACUGCUCUGGGAUCUGGUGACACCGACACAGAGAAAAAAAGCAAAAAGCAUCUUCUUGCUGAAUGCUUCUACAAUAAGCAUAUAACUCCAGGACAUGCAGCAAUUGUCAUGGCUCUGCAAUUGUUAAAACGCGAGAAAGAUGUAAAACUAGCCGUAUUUUCAGAGGAAGGUAUCGAAUUUGUUUCAAUCGAACGGAACUUUACGAACAUGGAGGAAGCUGAAUUCGUUCUCAGAAAAGCGAAUCUCGGACGCGUCCAGCUAGACGCUCCUAUUGAAUGGGCCGCGAAGUCCAACGUUAAGUUCGACGUGUUCAUCAACAUGGUAGACCGCGUUACUCGGUACAUGGAGCUGGACCAAAAGGACCGCGGCGGCCGGGGUCCGGGAGGACGGUUCGGGCCUCCGCCGUCGCCGGAGAAGAACCUCGUCGAUCAUUGCCCCGUGCGAGCGCUCCAACGCUACAGGAAGACCAGCGGCGUCAAGGAUGCUAAAUUGAUCGUGAUGAACUUGGCAUCUCACCGCGUGUCCACGACUGACGGCAGCCACGAAGGAGUGCUCGACGUUGUCGGCGUCGACAAACACGUGCCCCAACUAAUCGACGCAUUCGCGUUGGGACACUUCUACUGAACGCAACUUCAUACUUGUAUUUUGCUUUGCAAUUUACUUUACCGAUCGACACCGAUAAUUAUCAAUUUCGAUCGCAUCGAUUUAUAUCUCGGUAUUAUAACUAAUAUUUGAAAACCAAUAAUGUUUACAAAUUAGAUGGAAACAGUAUGUCCGAAAAUUUUUGUAAGAAUUUUAAUAUCAGUCUACAAAUGUCGCAACCCGUGGUCAUAUGGGACUCGAAAAUGAAUGCGUACCGUAACCUGCGUAAAUCUACUUGUAUGACGUUAAUAUUGGACCUAGAGAGAUAUUAGUUAGUUACGUAUUAUUUUAGAGUAACCUUGAAAUAAUCGCUUUAGCUUAGUUUAGGGGCAUCUAAACGUAUUGUCUCGCAAACUUUGAUUUUGGAUCUCUGCUUACAUAAUAAUAUAAGAGGCACGAAUUUUUUAUGCUAGUAUUAGGUUAGAGGGCUUGAUUGAUAUUCUCCAUACAUUUUUCGUACGAAACGCGAAACGAGUAUUUUUUCCUUAACUAAUACAUCAGUCCGGUUAUGUUUGUAUAAUUUUUUUUAAUGUUUUGAUUCCUUGAGUUCCUUAAAUGCACUUAUGAUAUUUUUGCAUUAAUCUUCAAAUAUAUGUAUAAUUAACAUAAGUAUGAAGUGUUUAUCUCUAGGUAUUGGUAAGCUUAGUAUAUUAUGUAUGUAGCUUGAAACAUUACGUAACAGGGUCUUUUUGGUUAAUCAAAAAUUUGGCACCUGGCGUUCACUCACAAGCUGUGUUCAUAAGUCGAUACAAAAAUUUAUUUAUAAAAUGAAAUCAAUGUGACCAAAAGAGCGAUAAUUCUUUUAUUCUGGUUUUUAUAAAAGAACAUUCUUCGCCGAUAGUCAGCUGUUUUAAAAAAAGUUUGCACGUCAGCAUGUAGUUUUGUAUUUUGGAUUUUACGUGUGACUAUUAAAUUUUUACUAAAAUAGUCGUUCAUAGGUUGUGCGGUUAGACGAUUUUAGACUCUGCCAAAGUUAAUUGUGCAUUUUUAUUUAAAACAUAUUAAAUUCUGACGUGCGAACUUUAUGUAUUUAGCAGAUAGAUAAAAAUAGCAUAUCUUCGUAAUAAUUAGAAACAAUGAAAACAGGUACAUGCUCAUUCUAUGGUCUCAAACUUCCAUAACAUUAUCAACGAAUUUGUGGUAUAUUCGAAUCCGUCAAAGAUUGUAACUGAACAUAUAAUGAAUCAGUUGCAUAAAUGCAUAAUUAUUUGAACAUUUCCAAAAGAUUCGCACAAUUUAUUAUUUCUAAAAAUAAAAUAUCGGAAAAAAACACGAAUAUUCACGGAUUUAUUUUUAACAAAUUGUAACUAUCGAUUAGUGAAUAUCGGCCCUGCUUGACUGAAUGAGAAUGACACUAAGUUUAUGUUUAUGGAACGCACUAGCGACGCGCAUCACUAUCGCGGAACACUAAUGUAUUUCUUUCCUUUUGAGUGCAAACAGCAAAAGUAACUGCGAAAUUUGAACUGAAUCGAAUAAAGAACACAGUAGGUACAUGAACAAACGAAUAUGGAUUGCAUAAUUGUGCGAAUCUUCUGGAACACUAAUGCGCAUGCAUCUGCUUUCAUAAAAUAUAGCGAUAGGUAAAUCCGUUUCAGAACAUUAGUUACUUUUGUACUGAUCAAUGAGCGGACCUUUCAGAAUCUGUGAUCACUUGGUACUCUCUCGGGUUUAAGUAUUUUUAUAUCUGAAAAUGUUUAGAAUUUUCAAAACUUAGGAGGAAAAUUGUUGAAAACUUUUUUUUCUGAAAUACCUGUAAUAUUUUGUUUUGUUGAUAUUUUUUAGAAUAACUCAUUUUUCAUGAACGAAAAUAGCUUAUAUUUAUUAUGCUUUCAAAAUGUAGCAGCCGACACUUCAUAACUUCUAAGCAAAUUCCUAGGUUCUAAAGAAUAUUUGGGCUUUUAUAACUAUUUCUUGUGAUUUGUGCUAAAACAUAAUAUACCUACUUUCAUCACAAUUUAUUUGGUUGUAAUAAUAAAACAGUUACAACUGUCCAGCUGUGUUUAGCUUUCAGUUUAAAAGGUACAGUUUAUAAAUAUAUAUAUUGCAAUUAGACCAUGUGGCUGCUUCAACAUGAUUACAAGUUUUGUUACAUCACCUUUGUUUUUGUUUCAAACUUUUUAGUUUGACGAUAAUGUUAGUGCAUUUUUUCUUGAUUACUAAAAUGAUCCGUCCCUUAUGAAAUAAACACACUAGUGCCGCAUGCGAUUCUAGUAUAUUAUUAUAUAAUAUAAUAGUGUAAUUUUUAAUCAAUUCACCGCAUACCAAAACCACACUACUGGAUGAAUAAUAAUAAAAAAAUGUACUUGCAUGUUUGUUUUCACGUUAAUAAAUCGUAAAUAAGCAA